AUGCUCUUUUUAAGAAUCGCCAUCAACUCUGCCUUUAUGGCUUCCGCCUUCGCGGCUCCCAUUUCCACGAGUGUCAGUGUUGAUGUUGGGCCCGCUCUCGAUACUGUUGAAAGCACCGCCACAGGUGCUCUUUCUCAGGUUGAGAGCGUUGCCAAGCGCCAGCUGGACGACCUUGAUGUUGGAUCUGUUGUCGAUGGAACCCUCGGCACUGUCACCGGCGCGCUCUCUGAUGUUGAGAGCGCUACUGGACUUGAAGGGGUUACGUCCGAGGUUGGAAGCAUUGUCAAGCGUCAGGUGGACGGCCUGGAUGCUGGGUCUGUCAUCGAUGGGGCCCUCAGCACCGUCACCGGUACUCUCUCCGGAGUUGAGAGUGCGACUGGACUUGAAGGAGUCACCUCUGGGGUAGAGAGCAUUAUCAAGCGCCAGCUGGACGACCUCGAUGGCGUUGUCUCUACUGCGGAGACUGUUGUUGGCGACGUUACCUCUACAGUAGCAAGCACGGCCGGAGCAGCUGUUGGCACGGUCGAGGGUGCGCUUUGA